AUGAAACAUUCGAUUGGCACAUGCCACCCUGGUCAGUUCCAGUGUCCGGACCACCGCUGCAUUGACCCCAAUUACGUGUGUGAUGGAGACAGAGAUUGUGCAGAUGGAGCGGAUGAACAGGGCUGUGUGUACAACUGCACAGCGUAUGAGUUUAAGUGUGCAAACGGCCAUCAGUGUGUCAAUUCCUACUACCGAUGUGACGGGGUGUUUGACUGUAACGAUCGCUCGGAUGAAUCUGGCUGUCCCACGAGGCAGCCUGGCAUGUGUCACCACGAGAGUGAGUUUCAGUGCCAGUCAGACGGCAGUUGUGUUCCCUCAAACUGGGAAUGUGAUGGGCACCCAGACUGUGAAGAUGGCUCAGACGAACACCACGCGUGCCCACCGCGCACGUGCCCCACCUUGCAGUUCCACUGUGAUAAUGGAAACUGUGUUUUCCGUGGCUGGAUAUGUGACGGUGAUAACGACUGUCGGGAUGGCAGCGAUGAGCGAGACUGUCCCACGCCGCCGUUCCGCUGUCCCAGCUGGCAGUGGCAUUGCCCUGGACACAGUGUGUGUGUUAACCUCAGCAGGGUGUGCGACCGCACGGCUGACUGUCCCAACGGCGCCGAUGAAUCCCCUCUCUGCAAUGAGCCUUUACCAGAUCAGGAGAGCUGCUCGGAUAACAAUGCGGGCUGCACCCACGGCUGCAUCCAAGGCCCGUUUGGAGCCCAGUGCACGUGUCCUAUGGGCUUCCAGCUGAGUAACGACUCGAAGACGUGCGAGGAUAUCGAUGAGUGCCAUCCUCCGGGCAUCUGCAGUCAGCACUGCUUCAACGAGAGAGGCUCCUUCCGCUGUCAUUGUCAGGACAGAUACACUCUAGAGGCAGACGGACGCACCUGCAAGGCCUCAGGAUCUCGAGAGGCCUUGCUCUUAGUGGCCAGUUGGAAUCAGAUUGUAUCAGACGACAUCCUCGCACAGCCAAACGUUAUUCGGUCUCUAGUGCGUGAUGGCCGUAAUAUUGUGGCAGUGGAUUUUGACUCCGUUACGGAUCGUAUUUACUGGUCUGACACCACCCAGGACAGAAUAUGGAGCGCUCACAAAAAUGGGACUGACCGCACCGUGAUCUUUGACAGUGGAGUGACCGUUACCGAGAGUCUCGCCGUCGACUGGGUUGGCAGAAACCUAUACUGGACGGACUAUAUUUUGGAGACCAUAGAGGUGUCCAAACUGGACGGGUCUCACAGAACGGUGCUGAUUAGUGAAAACGUGACCAAUCCAAGAGGUCUGGUAGUGGACCCUAGAAACAACACACACCUGAUGUUUUGGACAGACUGGGGCAGAAGUCCUCGUAUCGAGAGAGCCAGCAUGGAUGGGAAAUUAAGGACCACGAUCAUCAGCAACAAACUUUAUUGGCCCAAUGGCUUAACUAUUGACUACCCCAACAACCUGCUUUACUUUGCAGACGCUUACUUAGACUUUAUCGACUACUGUGAUUACGAUGGGAAGAACCGAAAACAAGUGUUGGCCAGUGAUUUG